UUGACUUUCACAUUGUUAUAAAUAUAAAAACUUGAUGUCACUCAUUGUCAGUUAUCAUUGACAAGUUUCAUUAAAAUGGCAAACUUUAGUACAUUUUUAUAUUUAAUUUUUGGUUGUUUAGCAACACUUGCUGCUACAAUUGACAUUAGAGUGCUUGAAAAUGCUGAUAUACGAUUUGGUCCAGAUGACGUUGUUCAAGACAAAAGUUUGUUUAAAAAAUUGGAAGACGAUAAAGGCCAGAACUUUAUUGGUGAUUUAAAAAUUGGUGAACAUAAAUCACAAGAAACUGUUUUUCGUCGUACAAUUGAUGUUUCAAAUCCAACAGAUGAUGUUUACCGUACUUCAAUGACACUCAGUGUUAAUAACGGGAUAAUCCACUACAUGAAUGUGCAGAAUGAAGCUGGUAGUUAUGCAGUUGCUUGUGAUGAACAAAAAACAUUGGGUAGUUCUGCAAGCAGAUUUAACUUGCGUGUCAUUCCCAAGAGUAAAUCGACUCUCACAUUGGUCAUUGCAGCACAUUGACAUGUGCCACAAAAAGACACGUCAAAAAUAAAUAUAUAUAAAUAAAUCAGAAAAAAAAACAGGAAUGAUGAAUAAUUAAAAAUAUGUAA